UCGAGCGCUCUUCCCGCCCGACGGCUGUUUGUACGGGACAAAAAACUAUGCGCGGGAUUCGACUGGGACCGUUCGCGCCCCUUUUUGGCUUGAGGCGAUGAAGAGAGAGGGGGCGGAGGGGCCCUUCUAAGCUCCGCCCCUCGCUCGUUUGGCUCUUCUCGCCCUCCCCCGCCCCCCCUCACGUUCCUUCUUUAAAUCCGUCGCCGGCGCAUGCGCGGCGGAGUCCGCCGCGAUGGAGGAGCUCCUGUGGCAGGUGGCGUAUCGGUUCUCUCGCCUGCCCAUGUUCCCUUUCUUCGACCUGGCACAUUACGCGGCCUCCGUCCUGUCGCUGAAGGAGCAGCCGGGAGCAGUUGACGUAGCACACCGCAGCCCAAUUGCAUGCUGGUUUAGCGCAAUGCUUUACUGUUUCGGUGGCUCCAUUUUAUCUUCGCUGAUGCUUGCAGAACCUCCAGUUGGAUUUCUUGCCAACACCACCAAUGUCUUACUUGCCUCGUCAGUCUGGUAUCUUGUAUUUUAUUGUCCUCGUGAUCUAGCCUACCGCUGUUUCUGUUUUCUACCUAUACGACUGCUGCUUUCAGGGAUGAAGGAAGUGACUAGAACGUGGAAAAUAACUGGCGGGAUUGCACAUGCACACCAGCACUACAAAAAUGCCUGGUUAAUCAUGAUAGUAGUUGGCUGGGCCAGAGGAGCCGGGGGCGGCCUAAUAUCUAACUUUGAGCAGUUAGUGAGAGGUGUGUGGAAGCCAGAAACUAAUGAACUGCUGAAGAUGUCCUACCCUGUGAAACUAAGCUUGAUCGGGUCCAUACUCUUCACAAUGCAGCACCUCUCUUUUCUUCCAGUAGCGAAGCCCAACCUCAUGCUGUAUUACACCUCCUUCUUGGUAAUCACAAAGGUAAUCAUGAUGCUGACAGAUAAUGCUUUCACUCCCUUGGCCCCGUUUGAGAAGGUGCUGGUUGGUCUCCUCUUUGGUCUGCACCCGCCUUGCCCUGAACCUUGUAACAGCGAGGCCAAAGUCCCUUACAAUGGCGCCUCCUCAGACUACGACCGCACAACAGCUGGAGAGACGAGCGACAGUGUUAAGAGAAGACAUGCCAAGAAAGCAGAAUAAAAAGCUUAGAAUGUGAUGCGGGGUGGCCAGGCGUAGCUUCUUUGUACAUGCCCAUAAAAACACGCCAUGUUUUUCUUUUUCCUAAUAAUGUGAAAGGACAAUUGUGUAUAAGGAAAUUCACGUAGCAAAUGGCUUCCAGAAGCAUAGUGCAAAGUUUCCUAUGCAAACCCCCAUUUCAGUGAAGCUUGCUCAGGCUACAUUGCCCACGAACUUUCUGCACUAUUGACAUCUAGUAGUAUUGCAACUGCCACGUGGCUCUAUGUGGCCUCUAAAAAUGUAUUUUUUUGUAAGCUAGAAUUCAUACUUGGACAAGAUGCAUCAUGUUGGGUUUCUUUCUAUCUAAUGUGACUUGAUAAAAGAAGAGAUUAUAUUGUGAUUUUACUUGUAUGAAGAAUUUUUAUUGUGGUCUUAAAAUAAGUUUUUUCUACUUCAGAAAACAAAACACUAACUUUUAAAAAGCUUGAUGAAAUAUUUUCUGGCACUAGUGAAAUGUGAUUGUCAGAACUGACUAUUUAUGUUGAUUGUAACUUAUUCGGGAGGUGAUCCAGCAGACGUGAGCACCUUGAAAUCUGAUGGGUGAGCUUUAAGCAUGAGCAUUUAGGACUUGAAAGUGCUAAAAAAUUUGGCUGAAUUGUGUCCUGGUGUUUCCAUUCUUUAAUACCGGAGGUUACUCUCCCAAUAUUUUAAUACACGAUUUUAAUCUACCUUAGUUGAGAAAUGUGAACAUAUUUGUGAAAAUGUAAUAUAUUCAGUUACAUGAAAGAAGCAGUAAUUUCAGUGAUCAAAUUUAAACCAAUUUAAUAUUCUAACAAUUAUAUAUAUAUAUAACAGUGCUUGAGGGCCAAUUUUGUAAGUUUCCACACUUGGCUUGAGUCACAAGCAGUCUAUUAGCUUUUUUCACAAAAUUUUCAUACAGGGUUUUCAAAUCUUUGUAUGUUUACCCACUGGAACCACUUAGAUAUUAAAUUAUUUGUAAGCAUGA